AUGCGGCUCCAAUCCUUACCGCUGCUCCUUCUGCUCACUUUCAUCCGCCUCCCGCCUGCCACGCCCACCUCGGCACCCCGACCCCCGCCCCCACAUCCGAGGGUGAGGAACCACUAUGCCAACGAAGAUCUCGGCGAGGGUCCACCGAUGCCGGCCAGCCUGCUGCUGGAGGAACUGCAGCAGACCAGCGGGCAGCUCAUCAAUCUGACACGACAGCACGACGGCGAUACCUUCCACACGAGCGGUUUGAGCAGUGCCUGCAAUGCGGACACCUGCAUCGGACUCUCGAGCGGCACAGCAUCGCUGGUGCGUCUGACCGGCGAUGGAAGCGGUCAAGGCAACGAGAAAAUCCCCCAAUCCACAGACGGACUCAAUCCGGCGACCUCCUCUCUGGCCGGCGGUCAAAUGGAGCUUCUGACCCGCCGCCUCAAGAUGCAAAGGGGUCGUGGCCAAAUGGAGAACCUAGAUGGGAGUGGCGAAGCCGGAUGCACCUGUCGAUGUCUUCCCUAUCAAAGGGCCUAUCGGGAGGAUCUGGGCAUCUGCGUGGACGACAUCCAUGAGUGCUCCCUGUCGCCUUUCGUGAGUGGUUCCUCCUCGGAAAAGAUACCCUUUGUCUUCCUGCCGCUCAAGGGUCAGAUCAUCUAUCCCAGCAGGGAGAUCAGCUUUGCCAGCAUUCACACACCCGUUUGCGCUGUAACCGGCGCCCAGUAUCUGGGUUCCAAUGGCUGGUCGGAUCUGCGGAAUCCCAUAGACACCGACUACCCAUUUCGAAUGUUCCGGGAUGAGGGACGCAGCUUCCUCUUGUGGUUGGGAGAAGCCGAUCUUCGCCAGAAAAUGCAGGGUCGCCUAAUUGUGGUGCAUCUGGUGUGUCGCGAUAUGACGGUGGCAAUGAAUGCUAGUAGUCACGUGAAGGGCGAACCACUCAUGCCUCCCAGAAAUGUUCAUUCGCCCUGUGUUGCCUUCCGGGUGAAUGGCAGUCCCGUAAAAUAUGCCCACAACGUUCCCGAGGUCUUCUUUCAACCAGCCAACUCCACAACUUUGGCCUCCACUUCCGAUGGAAUGACCAUGCGGGAGUAUGUCGUCAUUGGCAUCUGCAGUCUGCUCUUGGGCCUCAUCUAUGUGGCCUCAGUGUUUCUAUACCUUUACAUGAAAAAGCGAAAGCGACACAAUUCUCGGCAUUCUCUAGAUAACCUGACGAAUGAUAUCAACUAUCCCAAAAACGAUCAAGUAACCUAUGGAGCGCCUUUUAGCCGGGUCGGUAGUAUAUACUCAUCCAAUAGCAUGGGUCUGGGUAAUGGGAAUGAGUCCAAUACUCGCACCAGUAUCGGCAGCCUCAAGGAGGAUAUGGGUAUUGUGAAAAAUAAUCCCUUGCUGCAACAUUUCCCCCAGCUGAGCGAAAGAGAGCACAACUCCGGUUUUGCCAGCGAUAUUUCGAACUCGAACUCUGAGUGCGAAAUGGAGGAAAAGAUCAAGACAUCUGUGCUGGUGCAUCCACAGCUUAGUAAGUCACCAAAACCAGCGGGUGGUGCGGAUAAUGCGGCAAUGGAUGUGGAUGACUUCCUGCAGGAUAACGAGUGCCUGCCCGCUGAAAAUGUGGCCGUCAUUGAUGAACUCAUGACCGAGGAAAAGCUGGAGAAUCUGCGUGCCAUGGUCAGUGGAAAUGUGCGCAAGAAGCUCUACUUCAAUCCGGCCUAUUUUGAGCCUCAUUUACUGGCGGAACCGCCUCAAGCUGCCAUCGAGUUUCUGCAGAAGAUUCGCGAGGUAAUCGCCAUUGCCAAGUACAAGAUGGCCUCGAAGCGAUAUCAACCCUCUCUGAACAUAAUUCCCGAGGAGCUGCACCCGGAUUCCAGUUCCAGUUCACCCACCAUGUUCAACAUUCCGCUGCAGCAAAGUUUGGCGACCAAGGGAAUGGGCGACAAGCGGAACAGCAUUGAGCAAUGGCUGCAAAGUGUACCCAAUUCCGAUGCGACUCCGGCUCAAAAGACCCUCGACAGACCUGCUCCACCGACGACUGCAAAGAAGGCAUCCGGAUCGCCCAAUAAGGGCUCCCUGAGAAAGGGUAUAACUGCACCCAAGGAGAAACCACCGCCGCCUCCUAUGCAGAAAUCUAAAACAGAAGAAGGUUCUGGGAAGUCCAACUCGCCAGGUCUGCCUCCUGGUAUGCAGUCCAGUCGUAGCCCCGGUAAAAACAGUCCGGAACAGUCGCCUACCCAACCGAAGACAUCCGUGGGCGGGUCUUACGAGGGCUUCUCCGCCUUUUCCGUGGCUGCCAAUGUCUAUGGAUUUGCAGAGACUGGUGGGGAAAUCUACAACAAUCCCAAGUUCAUGCUGGCCGACUCACCAGCGGGGUCCUUACGCAGUGCCUCCAGUCGCUCCAAGUCGCUGAGGAAGCGCAGCGAGGUCCUGGAACAGUUCGCCGCCGCCAACUCGACGCCCACCUCGCUAACCUCCUUCGACCGGCAGCACUACAAUAUGUUGAGGAACAUGAAGCCGGCGGAGGUUAUCUACGAUUCCCUGAAACGGGAGUAUACUGCGCAUAUCCCAACGCCCGAUUAUGAUAGCACCAUUGAGAAGCGGAUCAAGGACAUCUAUAGCAGCACACAGAGCAGCAUUCCAUCGGUGCCCACUCCGGAUUAUAGCUCCCUCAGCCGCAAAUCCCUCAAACAGUUCCAACCAGAUUCUCCGAUUUAUCGAAGAAAGUCCCCGCAAUAUCUGAUUGUGGACUACGAGACGGAUAGCCUGGAACGUCUUGAGCCUAAUAAGCGCAAGAGCUCUCAUUCCUCCAGUUCACCAUCCUCCGAUGUGAGUUCCCAGCUGAGUCCCAGUUUGAGCACAGCUCUGCCACUCGAGGAGGAAAUGGAGAUCAGUCACACCGUCUACGAUCGCCUGGACGGAUUUCGCAAGGAGGGCGAGAUGAAGAAGCGUCUGGCUGCGAAGCACCAGCAUCCACAUCCUGGGCAACAGCAACAGAGGCAAAAGGAGGCGGCGGCUCGCAUCAAGUACGACACCCCCUUUCGGGGCAGCAUGACCAUCGAGGUGGAGCACGAGCCCCCCUCCGAUCUGGAGCGCACGGAUAGCGAUCAAUUCGAGCCGGACACCCUAGAUCGCAAGCCCAAGAAGCAGAGCUUUUGCGACAUUUCAGCCUGGGAUGGCCACAAGCCAAUGGACACGGACUUCAGUCAGAUCAACUCCUUGCCCGAUUUAAGUCGCCAGUUGAGUCCUGCCCCCAGUCAGGCCAUUAAGCCAAGGACCGCCUCCUUUAUCCUGCGAUCCAGUAACUCAUUUCGGAACUUGAGGGAGAUCUAUGAGUCACCGCUGAUCGUCCAGGAGAACAUCAAGUGCGAGAAGAAAGUGCCACAGACACCAGAAGAAGAGGGUAGGAUUCUAACCCUGGAGGCCAAGCACUCUCGUCGCCAACGCCUCAUGGAGACCUCACCCACCCACUCGGUGGUGGAUGUGACAAAGGUGAACAAGACCACCAUCACGAUUUCAUCACCCAAGCCGUCGGAUAAGCCUCCUCCUCCUGCCCGACCCAAGGCCAAUCAGCAUUACUGUCCACCACUGGUGCAUGGUAAGCGACCACUGCCACCACCGCCGCCAAACUCAUCGGAGCAUUCGGGAGCCCAAGAGGAAGAUGCCUACAGCCUGCACAGUGAAAUCACAGAGGUCACUGGGAUCUCGGAAUUCGAGAACUCGUGCAACAACACCAUGUCCAGUGCUAUAUCGGCGACCACUGAGGAGAGAACCCAUACAAAAGGUUCCAAGACUGCCAAAGUCAGUGGUAAAUCACCGGAAGAGGACUACGAAGGGAUAUACAAUAAGAAGAUCAACAGCCUGCGCAACGACUACAGUCUGACCAAGUAUCUCAAUCGGCGGAAGAGUCAGCGGGAGGAGGCCUCGAAAGGUGGUCCAGACUCACCCAAGGACGUGACCACCGAGCCGGAGUUCAGCAGCGGCAAUAAGAACCUCAAGGAGGUGGUGGAUCUCGCCCAGUUCGAUGCCUUGUCCAUUAGCUCCCGUUCCAAUCGGAGCAGUGGUCAUCUUUCAGAGCGCACCAAGGAGAUGUAUCGGAAUGCAGGAGUGCCCGUGGGCAUUGCCUAUCCCCAGCGGGCGGCCAGUAGUUCUGGAAGUGCUACUUCCGGCGGAAACGUACAAACCGUCUACCGCUGCGAGAUCGAACAGGCCCAAAUCACGGCUGGAAUGCAGAUUGCCAUCGGACUGAAGGAUCGCGCCAAGAAGGCCAAGGAUUUGAAGAAUGCUUGGCGAAAGUUUGUGACCAUGGCGGCCAAUAAGUUCAGUCCCAGCCAGAGUCCAGCGCCAACGUAUGGCAGCAAAAAUGCCUCCGGUUUUCUGGAGGAUGACGGCAUCGCCUCCAUCAUCGAGGAUGCUGCUCAGUCGGCUGGAAUGGGACAACCCGGUAGCCAGACGUAUUACGAACAGCGUUUCGGACAACUGGACAGCGGCUAUAUGAGCACCGAUUCCACGGAGCUGUACAAGCGAAAUGUCUACGAUCGGUACAACUUUAAGAUGAUGUCCGGUCGGGGACAGAUCAUACGGGUGGACACCAUCGAGGACAACGAAGAGGAGAGCGGACCAAACGACAAUCGUUUCGAAGACCUCGAGCACAUGGUUUCCCCUGGUCAUAGUCGUCGAUCGCCGGAGAACAUGGCAGUGGUUCCAGGCGAUCUCAGCGAUGCGGAUUCCGAUAGGACUCUCACUCGUUCCCACUCCCAAACGAAUUCCCAGGAGCGAAAUGUGCGGGGUAGCACCACCACCAUGUCGUCCUAUUCCUCGGAUGAAAAUGGACGCGGACACAGCACCUGCUGCGGAUCCUCGGAAACGGACGAGGAGACCAACGCGGAGGACAUGUGGGAGUCCGGGGCGGAGAGCAUAGAAACGCACUCCGUGCUCUACAAGAUGAUAAGGAAGAGUUAGAAUAAGUAUCGCCUAAUGGAAAAUUAGUUUUUAGGGAUGUGCAAUAUCGAAAGCAGACGAAAGACUUACAUUCUAAGACUAAGUAACGCAAUAUAGCAACAAUCAGUGCAAUAACUCUGAGAUUCUUGCCAAACCACAAGGUGCAAUUUUGAUAGAUCUAAGCUAGCUGGUAAAUAUUAUUAUUUAUAAGGAGGUUAACCCUUGGAAACUGCAUCCAAUACGCAAAGUGCAGGUACCAACAGAAUAUCGGAAUAGAAACAAACCCAAGCCCUAAGAAGUCUAAG